CUUCAUUUAAUUUCCUAAUCGUGUAUACUCGUAUUCAUAACUAAAUUUAUCGCAUAUUAACUGGCAAUCAAUUGUUUAGAACAAUAAAGGUAUAACUUAUAAUAUAAUAUAAUAAAGUCUUUUCAUCGGGUCUUCAAACAUGAACACCUGGUUGUACCUAAUAUUUGUGUAUUUCAUGUCAAUAACAUGUAAGUGACAUUUUUUGAAUAUAAGAAUUUUAUUGUACACAGAUAGCUGAUUAGUAUUAGACAGAUAUCUAAUAGCAAGGUGAUAUUAUAAUACGAUAGUAAUAGGAAUUGUUGAGGACACUUCUGUAGCGUCCAAACCAUACUUAGUGUGUAGAAGUUAAAAUAAGAUAAGUUUUUUUUUAAUCUCGAUUCCCUAGAAGAUUUUCAAAUGCCUUAUUUUAAGAUUAUCAUGCCUUCUUCUAUCAAUGAAAAAUAUGGUCUUAUUGUUUUGAAUUUAAGGCAUGGUAAAUUUGUGAAUUUUAUAUUUUACUACCUGUAUCGUCUAGCGUUGCCCGUGCUAAUCACACGUAUAAUAAAAUUUAGCUCAGUCCAAUCUACUGUAGGUCUACUACCUCUGCCGAUCAAAUCAAUUAUUUCAAUAAUUUCAAUACUUACAAUGGCCAAUGCAAUCUUUAUGAGAAAAACCGCAUAAAAAUUGGUCUAGUUGUUUCGAAGCUAAUCUAUGACAAAGAUUUCAAUUGUAUUUUUAUAUAUAUAUUUAUAAAAUCUAUAAAUAAUAUAUACAGAUAGAUACCAUAGAGACCACAAAAUCAACAAAAUAAUACUAAUUUUUACUUUGUUAACAAGGUGACUUAAUCAAUAAAAAUCAUAUCCCAAUACGCCAAAAUCCCUGUGACAGCUAUCUUGUAUGUGUCAAAUUUCAGAAAUUUCAAUAGCUCUAAACCUUCUCGAGACAACGCGGAAUCAAAUUAGGAAAAACUCCGUAAAAUCGAUCCAGUAGUUUUACAGCCAAUAAGGGACAUACAGACAGACAGAUAUUCACUUUUAUUCAAUUACAUCAUCGCUAUAUUGUCCCACACGCAGUACUUAAAUUUCUCACUAGCAAUGAAUUUCUUCUCCCCCCUCCGUUAGAAAACACUAAAUUAUACUUUUAAUACAGUGUUAAUCCAUCGAUAAUAAUGAUUAAUCGAUUAUUUUAAAAUUAAAUGACUAUCGAGUAUUACGAAUAACUAUAUCUUGCAGGCUUGGUUAGUAGUAACGAUUAUUUUGUUUAUGUACUUUUAUAAUGGAAUUUGAAUGUUUAAAUAAUUAUAUAAUCGAUUGAAAAACGUUUUUGAUAUAGGUAAUUCAUUCAAUCUACAAGUAAAAAAUGAAGGUUUGGAAGAAGCACCAAUCAAAGAUCUUACAGUACAAGAGCUAACAUCUGGAAACUACAGCGCACAGGAAACAGACUUAAAAGAUAAUAAAACAAAUACACCAAAACUUUUUUUUGAAAAAACAAAAUCAAUAUUGCAGCGUUUACCUGGCAUAGCUAAAGAAAUAGCCAAUGCCAUAAUCUCAGACAUAGUCACAGACGAAAGUCCAAAUCUACCCAAAGACCCACCCACAACCUGGCGAGUAUUGAGUAAUCUUAUUACCAAUCUGAAAAAAGUAAACGCAUUUCUUUAGUUAUGCAAUCAAUAAUAUUGUAAUUAAUUUAACAAUUUAACAAUUCAUUACACAGCAAAUACAGAACCUGAAAGGUAAUAUUUUAGUUAGUACACUAAAAUUAUUAUUAGUCUUAAUAACUAUCAAUUUUAAAAUAUUUACUGUAUAUUUUACCGAUAAAUAUUCAAUAAGAACACACUUAGGACAGGGAAAUCCGUGUACUAAUCUUAUUAAAUAUAUUAUGCAAACUUUUUACAAAUAAUUAGUAGAUAAUUAGUAAAUAAUAAGUUUAGUACACUUAUUAUUUUGAAAGUAUCUUUUCUUUCCGGAAUUUGUUUUAUAGAAUAUUUAAGUAACCAGAUUACCUACAAAUGUUUCGAGUAGAAGAUUCUGGUAUGUGUUGCUUCAAUGGUGUAGUCAAUUUGCCACCACUGGCUGAGCCACCGGAAAGACUCAAAUUAUUUGGCUGGAAAUAAUUGGGACUCUUAAUACUUUCUAGAGCAGUGGUUUUCAAACUUUUAUUAUACACUGCACACCGUACACUUCAAAAAAUGUUCACGGCACACUGACCUUUUUUAGAUGAACAAAAUUGUUUUGAAUUAAUUAUAAUUGUAAAUUCAUUUAUUUAGAAAUUUUUGAAUAAUGGACUAACAAAUAUAUAUUAAUUCUAAUUACAUUGUUUUAGUAAUUAAUUAAUUAUUAAAUUUAUUUACAAAAAAAAGCGUAAUUUAUACAUAGGUUCAUUUAAUGAAAAAUGUGUGCCUGAUGGGCGUUACAAAAAUUUUUAAUUCUCGUACGAAUAGUUGACAGACAUACCCGCAUUUCUUCCUCCGCUGAAUUAAAUUUUUCUCAUUUUUUAUUUUUUAUAUUCGCAAGCGCCGAAAAACAUUGUUCACAAAGAUAUGAGGUUAAGAACGGCAAAAGAAUAGUCAGUGCUUUUAUAGAUAUCUCUGGACAUUCUUCAGAAACAUAUAUUCAGAAUUUAUCGAGAGUGAUCUCUUUGAAUUUCAACUGCAAUGUUCGAUAAUUUUUAAUUGAACAGAGAUUUUCUUCUUUAAAACGUUUUAAAUCAAUCAAGUCACUAAUAGACACAUAAACAGAGUAUCGUACUCAGCCACGCUUUUUAGUAUUAACACUUGGAAAAUAUGUAUUUAUUUUUACUUCCAACAAUGCGAUUGAUUAGACUAUUAAUGACAAAAUGUUUUCAUCCGCAAUUAGCAAAGCAGUACAAGGAAACAUAAUUAGAUUACCUUGAUUAACUUUAGUUUUCCAUAAAUUAAAUUUUUCGAUGAAAGCCAUAAUUUUGUCUGACGAUGUUAGUAUAUUUUCCUCACGACCUUGCAUACUUGAAUUUCGUUUAUUGAGAUCCUCAAACAAAUCAGUUAAGAAGGAAAACUUUGUCUACCACUCUUCAUUCUCAAGAAAGUUGAAUUCAGAUUCUUUCAUAGUUAAAAAUACAAGUUACUCCUCUCUCAAAUUGUAAAAUCAUGAUAAAAUAUUUCCCCUUGAAAGCCAUCUUAGUGCACUAUAUAAAAUCAAUCUUGAAUAGUCUGCAUCCAUCUCUUCACAUAUUUUUUCGAAUAGUCUUGAUUUAAGAGUUCGACUCUUAAUAAAAUGUAUAACUUUUACAACAUGAUCAAGUAUAUUUUCUAAAUCACUUACUAAGGAUUUUGCCACUAGGGUCUCUCUAUGAAGGAAGCAACGGGUAAAAAUAAUUUUUGAAUUAUUUUUUUUGACUAAAAAAAAUGAAAACUUUAAUUGAGCCAGUCAUUGAAGGUAAUCUAUUUGUGCAUAUUCUAAUACAAUUUUUCUAUAAUAAUAAAUUUAUUGAUGAUAAAUCAUUGUCUAAAACUUUAAAAACAUCUUCACCUCUCGUUGUUUCGGGCAAUGUUUUACAACAAAAGAAGUUUUCGCUAAUAUCGUCAUCAACUACCAUACGUACAAAAACUAAAAGCUGUGAAUUUUCACUUAUAGAUACGCAAACAUAGGAGAAUCGCCUAACUUAUUUAAUACUUGUUGCUCAAUAUCUUCGGACAUGUCGUUUAUGCGCCUACUAAUUGUAUUAUCAGAUAAAAGAAUUUUCAUUAUUUCUUGUUCAGUUUCUAUUCCAAAAAAUAUUUUUACAAUUUCACGCAAGCGGGUAAAAUUAACUGUUCACUUUACAAUUUUUGUCAUAAAAACUUUUACUUUGUUGAGUUUUUGAUUUUAAUAAACGUUGAAAAUAUGUUAUAUUUUUGUCGAUCAAAUGUGAAUGCUUAAUGAACAAAUGACGUUUAAGUUUACUGGGCACCAUUGCUUCAAUUGAAAAUUUUUCACCAUAUACAACGCACCACGGACGAGGACCAUCUCUAUUACCAGUACAAGAAAAUCUCAUUUAUAAGUAAUCUUCGUGAUACUGGCGAAUAUUACUGUAUUUUGGUUUGUUUUUUUUUUUUGGUGGCUGACGCAUUAUUGGCAACAGAACGAGUAACUUUGUUAGUAAAUUUGUUCAUGAUUAUAAUUUAUAAUUUAUGUAUAUGUAAAUGUAUAUCACAAAUUUAUUUUUUUAAAUACUCGUAUGCUUUAACAAUUGAAUUAGGAGACAAAAUACUCUACGAUUACGGCGUAAACGUAUAAGUCGGUUGCGACGGAUAUACUGCCUGGGGUCUAAUAAUACUGGCAUACUGGUGUGCCGCGACACCCAUUUUGAAAACCACUAUUUUAGAGUAUUAUCCGAAAAUAAAACACAUUUUUUUUUAAAUGAUUACGUUUCCCACAAGGCAAUAAUAUACAAUGAUAUAUAAUAUCCAGCACUAGUAAAGCAAUAUCGGAUAGAAUUGUAAGAAUGUAGGAUCAAGGGCAUACUAAUUGAUAUGAGAUUUUCAAUAAAGUGCUAAUAUCGAUUACAAUUGGUAGAGUCAACGCUGGGUGGGACAACUGUAGGCCGUCAAUAAAACAUGAAAAGACCUAAGUAGUAUAAAAUAGGUUCUAAAUCAGGAUCAGGAUCAAGGACGAAGUACUAUACCUAAUACAUGGCCGCCCGAAUUGCCCACCACUUCUUAGAUCAUUUAGUUCACGCCCACUUUCGACAUUAUUACCACACUGUUAUCGUUCCGAGAAUCUAUUACGAAAAAAAAAAUAUAUAUAUAUAUGUAGUCAGAAGCAUACACACAGUGUGUUUCUUGCAUGUAAGGACCUGUAUGAAAAAAUGUAUUAUUUUCAGGUUUUUCUGUUAGAUCAUGCACAAAUUCCUUUUGCGAACGUAAAACGAUUUUUGUAGAUAUUGGAUCGAUAAAAAACCGAUCGUCAUUAGUGAUUUUACUACAAACCAGUGAACUCGUCUUUUCUAGUUUUCUCAUCGUUUUCGUUUUGUGUUAAAUUCUUGUAAUACAAUGUUUUUUUUUUUUUUCCGUUUAAAAAUGAAUACGUUCGAAUCUACGCCGGUUGCGGAAAAGUUUUUAAUACAAAAAAUAAUAUGACUCACUACGCUAAAUCGCACUACGGAGUAAAAUUUCAAUGUGCACUGUAUUCGAAAAUGUUUUCGCGUAAAGACAACCAUGAUAUCCAUGUUAAAUUUGUUCAUCACGACGGAAGAGUCGCUUUGCCGAUUAUUGUCCGCAAGCCGAUCCUUCGAAUAUAAUUCCGCAAGCUGACCUAUCGAAUGCCGGACCGUCCGACGCGAGACAAUACGCGACGACUAUUAUAUUCCGUAUAGGUAACAAAUCGCGUACGAGUAAUAUUAUUUUGUUAAAUUAUAAUAAUGAUGGUAUAACACAGACGGGGAAGAUAUAUUUCGUAUACGAAAUACUUGCUAUGUAUUGAAAUAUCAUCGUGAGAUAACAGUAGGUACAACGAUAUAUGUAUUAGGUAUAAUUGUGAUAACAGCAGAUAUAACCGUGAUAACGGUGUAGUAAUAAUGUCGGUGAUAACAGUGUGGUAAUAAUGUCGAAAGUGGGCGUGACCUAAAUGGUCUAAGAAGUGGUGGGCAAUUCGGGCGGCCAUGUAUUAGGUAUAGCACUUCGUCCUUCAUCUUGAUCCUGAUUUAGAACCGGCUAUUUUAUACUACUGACCUACUUCUUAAUUAUGUUUGGUGGUGCCAAAUUCAAUUUAUACUUAAAAUAUUAAAGUUAUAUCAAUAGAUUACUAAUCGUCAAUACCGUUGUAGUCAGGUCUAAAAAAACAUAAUAUAUGUACGAGUAUUAAAGGUAAAUUCUAAUAAUAGAAUAAAAAGUAAUUUUUUGUAAGCGAACGGUGUGUAUGUUUAAUACUAACAUUGUUAGGUCAACAAUGGGUCAGUCGAUAAACUGUACCAAAAUCAAUCAUUUUUUUUCCUGGAAGAUACAUCCUCUUUCAAUACACCUAUACGGAAAGUAUUAACUUUUUCCGGAAUUUGUUUUCUAGAAUAUUUUAGAAACAAGCUGCUCUAAAAUUGUAUAAUUAUGUUAUUUUUUCACCCUUAUUUCGGAGGAAAACCGUAGCCUUAUGUUCAAAAUUGUUUAAAGAUUCCUUUAUCUUAAGGGAGUAUAAUUUAAUUUUUUUUUUGUAUUUACUAUUCAUCAUGUACAAUAUAUAUAAAUCCAUAAAAAUAUUAGCAAAACAGAAGGAUUUCAUCGUGUGGCCACAGACAUUACGUUUGGGUCGUUCCCGAGAAAAAUUAAUUUAUUAAGGGAAUUCCCCUCCCCCAGUUAACUUUUAGUUUUCACCCGGAACACUCCUAUGCCUGUAGCAGAAAUGUUAGCAAUGUACUUUAAAAUCAAUACCCGUGUCAAAUAAACAGUAGUUCUUUUAAUGAUAAAGAUAAUAUGUAUAUGUGAUAAUAAGUUUGGUAUAUCAAGAAUAAUACGAUUGUGAUAAAUAAACAUAAAAUGUACUCAUAGCUGGAAAUAAUUUCCCCACUUAAUUCGUCAUAAUAGUUUCAGAAAUAUUGAAAGUAUUUUUAAAAAUAUUUAUAAACUCGUUAUUAUUAUUGUAUGAAUUAUAUACAAUAUUGUACAUAUUAUAAUGAUCUCAAAUAUAAUAGAUAUCUAUUGUCUCCGUCUUACAAACGGGAUACAUAGAGAAUUUGCGAUCAGUAGGACAUAUUUUGUGUCAUUAGUUUUAAUAUUAAAGCUCGAUAACCUAUUACCAAAAUUAAAGGUAAGAAGAUUAUAAAUGGCCCAGCGUUAUGUUUUUUUCGAAAUUAAAUUUUUAUGCAAAAUAUAAUAAUUAUUUUGGAAUUUUAAUAUUCAACAUACUCAUGUUUUAUUCAUUAAUAUAAAUAUCAAUAAAUCAUCUACCCUGGAGUACAUAUAAUUCUCUUACCUAAACGCGUUAUUUUUAAACAAAUUAUAUACAAUAUUGUACACAUUAUAACGAUCACAGAUAUAAUAUACCUAUUACAUAUGCAUAUUUUUUCAACAUACAAACCGCUGUUUGAGAAACCUUGACGAAAUAUAUUUUAGUUUUAAGUAGGACCGUAUUUAGGGGGCAGCAAAAAAAAAUAAAUAAUAAAUAAAUAUUGAGAUAUUUAAUACAAAAAAAAAUACAUCGCCGAUCACGGCGUCACGACACACACACAUACAUACACGGUGUUAUCUAAUUUUUCGAUUAGGAUUCUGAACCGCGGUAUAGUCAAAGCGGCUUCUUUUGUUAUCACAAUAGUGAUAAUAUGUAAUUUAUCAAUAAUAUGUUGUAAUUACUAAUUUAAUAAAUUUAGAUUUUGACUUUUGGAUAGUUACUAGUGACUUGUGACUUGUAAGUUGUGACAACAUACAUUCAAAAGAGGUUUAUACUCUAUUUAUAAGCAUAAGCAUAGUAUAAUAUAGUUUUGCACGAAUGCUUGUAGGCUACAAAGUACAAGCAAUAUAUUUUUAUGCUGCUUUGAAUGCGCUAUUUAGCUUUUCAAACUGCAAAAUAACGGGACAAAAUAGACUCAGUGGUGCUGCUUAUCGAAAAAAAUCUAAAGAAAAAAGUGAAAAGCUCACAAAUGUUAUCAUGAAAUCUGCAAAAAUGAAUAAUUAUUUAAAAAAAAACAGAUUUACCAGAUAUUAUAGCCUAUGUUUGUUUUUUACAUAGUUUAAUUAAUGUUAUAUAUUUAAUAAUUUUUUAGAAGACAACUCUAUAGACAACAUUGCAAGUAGUUCAAUAUCAAACAUUGUUCAAUACAGUGGAAAUACUUUGAAAGUAUAACUUUUGAAAAUAUAGAAUCAACUUGGAAUAGUUUGAAUUCUAAAGAGCACUAUACUGAAAAAAUGUGUGGCUUUUUGAUAUGUAGGCUACAGUUAACAAAAUUUAACACAAAUCUGAUUUUUUGUUUCAGAAUUUAUUAAAAUUGUAUUUGAAAAAUAUUAAGAAGACCAAAGUAUAAUAAAUUAUAACAGCCACCACAAGAAAAUGAAAAUUAAAUCUUUCAAAAUCAAAAAGACGUUAUCUGGGAAUUGCAAAAGGCAAAUGUCAGGAUUAUUUUUGAUAUUAUACAUCUAAUUUGUUUUAUAGUGUUCUAAAAAAUGGAGAAAAAGUAAAGAGACAUUUUCUUCUUUACUCUGAAAGUACAGGAACAGUAUAUUACGUUUCUUAUCGGCUAUUUGAUAGAGUGUCUAGUUUUUUUACUCAUGGAUUUUCUAAUUUUAAAAAUCUGGAGUUAAACUUUCUUCUUAUGACAACUAAAAUCAUCAUAGAUCUUGUGUUUUAAUAACAAAAGAUAGAAGUGAUAUUUUUAAAAAAAUUGGUACAAAAUUAUUAUUUCAAAUGGAUACAGAAAUUCAGUACUGGACAAAAGUGUUAACUAGAAUAGUUGCUGUUGUCAAAUCAUUGUUUUCAAGAAGAUUAUCAUUCAGAGAAGAUAAUGAAAUAUUUUGUUUAACACAUAAUGGUAAUUUUAUGAUGGGCAUUAAACUUAUUGCAGAGUUUGAUCCAUUUUUGACUCAGCAUAUAAAAACAUGCGGACAUUUAGGAAAAGGAUCAUAUCUAUCUUUCCACACUUAUGAACAAUUUAUUAUUGUUAUGGAAAAUCAAGUAACCGAUCAAAUAAUAAAAGAAGCUCACAAAACACGUUAUUUUUCAAUAGGUUUGGAUUUAACUCCAGAUAUUUCACAUAAAGAUCAACUCUCUUUUAUUUUACUUUAUGGAUCUGAAAAUGGAAUAUACCUAUUGUUUUUAAAUUAUAAUAAAUUUGUAUUUGGUACAAUGAGGCAUUUUUUUUUUGUUGCACCCUAGUGUCAUUUCCUAAAUACGUCCCUGGUUUUAAGUUUAGGUAGAGGGAGAGUAGUGCAAUAUUGUUUGUUUGUUGACACGGCGCCAGGCAUUUUACAAGAAAACCUAUUUUAUUUCAUAUACUAAGAAAAGCGAGGAAUUUAUAUUGGUUUCUCUAUGAUGUGUUUUUGUACAUGAACAAAAUUUCUACCAGUAACCUUGUAUCGAUUUUCAAGUGUAUAAUUUAUACAAAAGAAAAAAAUGUUGGUUCUUUGUUUUUCGUUGUAAUUUUCAUAAUUAUUAGGCAAAGUCCUAUUAGGAAAAAAACGAAGAAAAAUAUGGAAAGUUUACAGAAAUCAAAAGAUAAUCAAUUUUUACAGAAUACGGAUAUUGAAAUUUUUCGAAAACAAGAUUCGUUUUAAGUUUAACUUAAUAGUUAUAAAUAGUCGGACGUAAUGUAAGUUAUGUCAUUAAUUUUUAAGCGUUUUAGGAUAAAAUGUUGUUGAAAAAUGUAAAAAGGCUGUAUUUGAAAAUACGCAUAACCGAACAUUGCUCAGAUUAAUUUUCCUUUCGUUAAGGUUCCCUUCCAAUAUACCCUACCCUCCCUAGUAUGUUUUUUUUGCAUUACUUUGAAACGUUUAUUACAACGUAUUCGAUGAUUUAAACGGCAAUAUUAUUCGGUUGUUAAAUUAAAAAAUCAGUACUUAUCAUUUGUUUACUUCUUCUUUACGCACAGGGUGUUUCAAUAUAAUAUAUUGUAAAAUCAUUAACUUACUGGUAAUUAUUAUAUAUUCACUGUCUAUAUAUAAUGCUUUUUAAUAUAACUAUUUGUAUUUUUAGUAAGUUGUUCAUUAGAGCAAGGUGUGGAUUACUUUAGAAUCCAUGUUAAGUUUGACAGUAUAUUGUUUGGGACACAACGUUUUGAAUUUAAAGCUGCACGUGAAAGAAUAAGAACAAGGAAUGUGCCUAUUAUUGAAGAAGAUGAAACAAAUGAUGAGACGAACAAUGAAAAGUAAGUUUAUAGAAUAUGUAACCUAAUAUUAUGGAAAAUAUAAUACAUAAAUUAAAUAUUGUUAGAUUCUGAUCGUAGCGAGUGUGCUAUUAGUUUUACUAAGAUCAAAAUGAUGAGAUGAAUUAAUUUUAUUGUACGUUUUGUGGACGUUCUUAUCCCUAGUAGCAGCUUAUCUUUUUUAAGUUAUUUCACAUUAAAUAUGAUGGAUAUAAAAAUUGAUAUGCAAUACAAUAAACAAUAAUGCAAUUAAUUAAAUACUGACACAAAUGAAUUACAUAGUAGAAUAAUAUCAUUGAAAUAAAAUAUGUAAUAUAUAUAUAACUUACAAAAAAUGUAAACAAAUUACAUUACAGGUAUCUUUUAUCUAACAGGAAAAGUCAAAUGUAAAUAAAUUAUAGGUACUCAUUUGUAAACGGGAAAUGUUAUGAAUCUGUAUAUAUAAAUCAGUUAAAACAAAUUAGUGAUUUAUAACUCUUAAAAAGGCGAGUUUUGUAGCGCCUAACCCUUUCCAAUCACUGUUAAACUCCAAUUAAUAUUAUUUUUAUCAUCUGAUUCUAAAUGUAUUAAGAAAUUAAUGUCUCAUAACAUAAACUUAAUAUAUACUGUAACUUAUAAGUAUAAUAACGAAUAGCAUUAUUGUUAUCAUUAUUAUAAUGUGUACUUAGGUAUAUUAAAAUUCCAAUAUUACCGUUAGAGAAGAACGUAAUCCCAAUAACUACUGAAGAAGAAUUUAUAAGAGGUGCAUCUAAAACAUACCUUUUUCCAUAUCACGUACGUUUGUUUAUCUCAUAAGUAUAGGAAUAAUAAUGUUGUGAAUAAGUUACAAGUAUAGUUUUCAACAGGUGGUAAUAACGAUGUCGAAAUCAAAUAACAUCGAUAAAGAAGGCAAAUGGUGUCAAGGUGCGUUCAUCAAAUCAAACUGGAUAAUAACUUCUAGGUCUUGCAUUAAAGAGUAAUUAUUUUCUUUAAAUAGUAAUACUACAAAGCAGUUUAUUGUAUUUUAAUGUGUUUAAUAACAUUUUACAUUUCCACGAUAGUAGAAAUUAUUGCUUUUUAAAAAUGUGUUUUUUUAUCUUCAUCUUUGUGGUUAUUAAAAAUGUCACAAUAUUUUACGGAGUAUACAUGAGUACUUACUUUAAAGGUACAGUAAUUCUGUCUGAUAAUAUUGUAUACGAAAUGUUGUUUAAUUCAUCUUAUUGAUCCUGAAAUAAUCAAUUUCUCAUAAUUGGGACUGUGAUAAUUUAUCGGUAUGCUUUCAACAAUAAGUGUAGUAGGUAUUUAUUGAAAAAUAAAAUAUAAUUUCAAUAUUUCACCUUUCGCGCCUUUCCACCAGAAUAUGUGGACUACACAUAGACUGAAGUAAGUAUUCAUAAUAAUGUGGAUGAAGGUUUUAUGAAUGAUAUUUUUUACAAAUCAUUUACAAACAAUUAAGGGGAUAUAAGGUAAUUGCUUGUAUAUUAAUUUUGUCUUAUGUAUUCAAAUGUAUUUUAAUUUUUACUCAGGCACUUUGAUAUUAACUCCCAGAAAUUUAUGAAAGUAUUUUUGGAUGCACUAGAUGAAACAAAUUCUAAAAGUAUAUUUUAUUCUAAUGUGUUAUUGAGCAAACAUGUACAAGUUGGACCACUUUUGUUGGAACCGGGUCCAGAUGGUCUUGACGAUUUAGCGUUAUUGAAUGUAAGUAUUAAGGAGUACAUACUUGUUUAUUUGUUAUAGUAUUAAAUGAGCUAGGCCCAAUUGCAUGUAAUUUAAUAACAAUUGUUCGUUAACAAUGAUAUUUAUAAGAAAAAAUAGCAAAACAAUAAAAUACAAUUUACAAUCAAUAUAAUACUAAUUGCUAUUUAUCAAGUUUGAUAUAACAAAACAUUUGAGUUAAAGAGUUAAAGUUUAAUGAUAUGAACAAGUCUAUUUUAAUUUAUUCAAAGUUUUCAUAAUUCUAAUGGUGGAGGGGAGAGUAUAGCUUGCAUAAUUGGUUACUUCAGUAUAAUUCAGUAUUGAAUUAUCAAUUUAAUGAAUCAUUAAAAUCAGCACAAUUUCGAUGAAUAUAACUAAGGAUGUUGUUUGAUCUAUUAGAAAUGUUGUUAAUAUUACACUCAAUAUUAGGUUUAGGAAUAACAAAAUAUUUCAAGGUUUAUGGACCUAAUAGGGACCAUAGUUCAAUGUAGCAUUUCAUCAUACAAAUUUUAAUCAAAUGAUAAUAUUAUAUGAGCUUUGGAAAAAGCCAUUAUCUGGUAUUUAUUAAUAUUAGAAAUAAAUUUAUUGUUUGUACAGCAUUCAUAAAGAGUAUUUAAACCAUAUUGAAGUAAAUCAGCUUCUAAUUAGUUGUACAAUAUAUGGAAUUUAAUUAUAUCAUAUACACAUACACAUUUUAACUUUCACUGUCUUCGUUUGAAAAUGUUUUCGAAGUGACUUUCUCUAAAUAUUUCAUCUUAAAUCUACGAAUUAUUAUUAAAUAUGAUUACUAAUUAUACAUGUUUAGUAAAAUGUCACAUUGGGGAUAAAAUCGAAUUCGAGAAAUACAAAUAUAUUUUACUAAAUAUAAAUUAUGGAAUGUAAAUAAAUAUCACUAUAAACUUAAAAAAUAACUAAAAAAAUACUAAAAUUUUUUUGAAGAUUUGAUCAUCUUUAGAAGUAUCAAAAUUAAGUACUCUAUUGAAUGUAAAUGGUGUUCGCAAAAGGAGAACUCGUACUAGUUAAAUUAAAAACUAUGUAUAGCAUGUACCCCGGGCAUAUUGAAAUCAGAAAAUAUUUACAUAAAAAUCAUUCUCUACCCGUUGAUAAUUUUGAAAUACAUCUAUGAAUUAUAAUAUUUAAUAAUACAAGAUUUUACUAUGUUAUAGAUGGUUACCGUGCCCAAAGAUAAAGAGAUAUCCGUGGUAGCUCUUAAAUUACCAGAUAAUUAUAUUGUGGAGGAGGUUAAUUGUUUAGUUGUAACCCGUUGUUCGGUGAGCAAAAUAUGAUCUAGAAUAGAAUAAAAUGGCCAACACGUAAAUUUUUUUUUCGUGGAUGAAAAAAAACAAAUUGUUUCAAUCUGAUUUUAUUUCCGAUCAACAAUAAUUUUAAUAUGAACAUUGAUGUGUUUUUCAGGAUGGCGUCGUGCGUGGUUUGUCAUAUAAACUGACAGAACUGGAAUCUGAAAUUAACUUAGAGGUAAUAUUCUCAACCAUUCUCAUAUUCUCAUAUGAGGUUAUGUGUCCUCAACCAUUACCCGCUUAAUGAUUGUGAAUACAACUUACCUGGUAUCACCAAAGGACGAAGUCAGUCAAAAUAUUGAUCAAGGGUCUUCAAAUUUUUUAAUAAACUAUGGGGAAUAAGAUUUAACGUCAAAAUUGAUUAUAAAUUGAUUAGCUAAUAAUUUAAAUGCAUUAAUUAUAAUAAUAUGUAUUUUACAAUAACUACACCUAUAAUUCAAACCAAUAUUUGUUUUGAUUUGGACUAAAAUAAUGAUAAUGGUAUUAUUUAGUUUUUGAAACCGGGAUCUAUGAUUGUCUGUGAUAACCAGUUGUUGAGCAUCAAAACCAAUGAUACUUCGUUCUACCCUCUUAUCAGCGCUCUGAAAUGGAUAGAAAAAAUUAUACGAGGAGACAAUCGUACACAGGUCCGCAAUAUUUUCUGAUGAAGUGUAUUGUUAUAACUUCUCCGGAAGUCAUCGUUUAAAAGAAAGAUUUAUUUAUUUGGUAUUUUUAGUUUUUUGAAUAUGAUUUUUGUUUCAGGACUACUAAAAUUGACCGACUUUAAGUCAUACUCGCGCAAUAUUUCACAAUAAUCAUGCUCCAGAGUUUAAUACUAUAAUUAUUUUGAACAUGUUAAAUUCAAGUUCAAUUAUUCGUUUUGUUAUUAUUGAGUUAUAACUUGUAAUUAUUAUUGUUGGCAUAAGAUAAAAUCGUUUAAUUUUCCAUAUUGUAAUUUUGUUGUUUACGUAAUAUAAUAUGGU